AGACAGACAGACAGACAGACAGACAGAUAGAUAGAUAGAUAGAUAGAUGCACAUACAUGUAUGCAUGUGUUAUAAUCGGCGAACUGUACUUCAUUGUAACUUGAGAACGCCACCUACUAAAGAUAUGUGAAGACGCUAUCGUACUUUACUUGCAUUAUCAUUUAUCAUUGUUGUCGCCGUCUUAGGUGGCGGUAGUGGUUACUGUAGUGGUAGUGGUGGUGACUUUGGUCAGUAUAGAAUUAAGUUUAAUCAUUGUCCUGGUUAAUAUUUUCACAGCAGUAGUCUUACUACUGCUUUACGUUGCUAUUGUUAUUAUUAUUACUAUUAUUAUUAUUACUAUUACUAUUAUUAUUAUUAUUAUUAUUAUUAUUAUCAUCUUUGUUUACAUAUUUACGUACACAAAUACUACUCCAGUAUUGCCUGGAAAGCGAAAAGAGGACACGCGCUCGGAAAGCGCAAUGACAUAAAAACUAAGUAUAUUUAUAUCCUGACCUGACCUAAACACGGGAAAAAAAUAACCUUGAAAAAAACAAAAGCAAUCGAAGACAAAGCAAAUGAAAUAGAACAGGAAAAUGUGCAAGAAAUAUCAUCAGAAAUUGUAAAUCAUUUAUUUAAAAAAAGUUAAUCUUUGCUAUUUGCUGAGAUGGAAAACAAUUUACCUGAAAAUGAAGUGAAGUUGCCGUACUAUGAGGAUGUGAAAUUACAUAACAUGAAACCUGUUGAUGAUAAUAAUUUGGACACGGUCAAUAAUUCGGAGGAAAUUUAUGAGAGAGACAAUUUAUUUGCCGAUGCUCAACAUGGCCAUGAACAGCAAAAGUUAAUGAAUAAUGACAUGAAAUCAAUGAAAACAGACGACACAAAGAGAGAAAGUAUAUGUUGUUUUAUAUGGAAAUAUAUCACGUUUAAUCGGGGAUUAAACAUUGCAACGCUCACAUUUUUAGGGUCUCUUACCAAUUCUUUGACAAAUGCAGUAGCCCCUUAUAUUACAUCACAAGUAAGCUCUUUAGAGAAACAGUUUGGAUUGUCCAGUGCUGAGUUUGGAUUCAUUAAUAGUGCCAAUGAUAUAGGUUACUUGCUUAUCAUUCUUGCAGCUAGUCAUUUCGCAAAAGAUGCACAUUUACCCAAACUAUUCUCUGUCUUAACAUUAUUUGUCGGUAUCACUGUCGGUUGCAUGAGCUUAACUUACCUCUUACGUCCAGUCAGUAAUUUAGAACUGUUGAAAAAUUCAGAUUCACUGAACGGCACCAUUGGAAAUAAUUCUAUAAACAUUACAGCGGCACCAACCAAUAUAUAUCUGUGUUCUGCUGACAAGUCAACUAUUGUUGAAGAAGCGAAUUGUUCGAUUGAUCACGUAAAGAGUCGCUCUGUAUAUUUCUUGUUUGUCUUCUUCAUGAUAGUACUCGGAGUAUGUAAAGGUCCAACGUCAUCCCUGUUACCAACCUAUAUUGAUAAUAAUGUGCCGAAAAAACAUCAUUCUAAUUUUUUUAUCGGUUUGAUGGUCACGUUUUCAAUUCUUGGCAAUGGGUUAAUAUUCGUUUUGGGAGGCUUUAUUAGCCAAAUUCCUGUGGAUCUUGAAGGUAAGAACUAUUCACUUCCACAAGGUUCUGACUUUUAGACUGUUUCUUUAUUC